AUGCACUAUUUGGGUUGCUCAUAUGGUAAUCUUAUAUUCUCCAACUCGAAUCAGUGCCUCCUUGUAGAUGUUUUUGGUUUUACUACCGUGAAGCCUCCCAAAUUGAAAUCGACAGGCAAGCAUGAGAUCUACUAUGGAAUCCUUCAUGGUUCCUUCAAGUCACCCAACUCGCAUCUCUUCCUUUGCUCAGGGUCAUCCAUUUUCCAGUGGCAAGUUGGGUCUAACUCUUGGUUGGACCAUCCUCUAGAUAUCCCAAGCAUCUUCCGAAUCGUGUUUUUUAAAGGUGAGAUGUUUGCCAGGGAUCACUUGGAUGGGCUCCACACCAUUCGCUUGGCACCUCAACUAAGCAUACAUGAAGUAGAUAUUGACUGGACAGAGUACCGGAGAGAAGAUAGUGUUGUGGGCCGUGCUGUGAUGUAUUGGCUGGUGGUAUGUAGUGACAUGUUUCUCAUGAUUGACCUCUCAAUGAGCACUGAUAGGCCUACUGUCUUCUUUAGAGUUUUUAGGCUUGAUUUCUCCAUCAUACCACCUAAGUGGGUGAAGGUGGAGAAUUUGGGAAACCAUGCCAUCUUUGUAAGCUUUGAUCAAAGGAACCCGGCAUUUUGCUGCACCGACCCUGAAAGAUGGAGAGGAAAGAGUAAUUGUAUCUAUGUUGCCACCCAGUCUAAGAAGAAUGAUAAACCUUGGACUAUGGUCGAGCUUGGUCAGGCAGUGUCUAGUAGAAAUUGGAGGCCCGUUGUGUAUCCUGAUGCUUAUCCCUAUGGCAAUCCCGGUCGACCAGAUAACCUUUGGGUGUUUCCUAGUUUGGUUUAUGAUGUUGGGCUGUGA